GGAGACCUUGGUCUGUCCGCGUCGUACGUGAAGAGGCUCGAGGACCAGGUAAGUGCCUACUCUCGCCCGUCUGUCUCGCCGGCCUCGGACCCCUCUCUGCACGCGAAGACUGGAAUAUCUCCUCACCCGACCACCUCUCCCGCUGCAUCCACGCUUGGAGGCCCUGUGAGUCACCAUGCAUUCAUCCAGCCCUCGCACCCCCUCGCGCCUCGCACCCAUCCUCCCCGGCACCCUCCGUGCCUCCGCGAAGCUCAUCGCGAGCUCAUCGAGCACCGCGCUGACGCCCUUUACAGGUCACCGACGCCCCCCGCCGCCCGCCCGAGCCUUACCUUCUCUCCCAGAGGAGCCCCUCACUCGACCAGCGUCGUGGUCGGACGAAUUUGAGCAGAUCUCGUACGACGAAUUCCGCCGUACCCUUCUCCUCGCCGAUCCGUCCUACGCAUUCUCCACCACCGACUACCAAGCUCAGUCUUCUAUCCUCUCUCGGUCCCGAGACAGGCUUAGAAAACUUUCGAGACUAUCGCUCAAGCGGCCCCGGAGACCGUCUAGCCCUUCGCCAGCGUCCAGUCCAAGUCAAUCUCACCACUCACUCCAGGCAGAGCGCCCCGCGUUUGUGUCGGCAUCACCGCCGCCUUCAGUCUCUCCGACAUCCCGUGCGAGGUCAUCCACUGACACCGCGCCGGUAGAGGAUACUUCAUCCGCCUUCUACGACGAAGACCCCUUCCGCAAGGUCGAGUCCCCUUCUGAGUCAGAAUUCCCUGAACUACGCUCCUCGUUGCAAGCAGUCAUCGAGUGCUCCGAACCCAGUUACCCCAGUUACCAUUCGCAACGUGACGCACGUUCCUCUUCUUCCACCACCCUUGUCUCCGACCAGACCAGCAUCCGUUCGAUUAGGCCUCUAAAGCGUCUAAAGAGUCUUUCGAAGCUCAGCUUAUUCGGCUCCCGAAAGUCUACAACUAGCGAACAAGAGCCUGCCCUUCCCGAGCCCCUACCAUCUCGUCCUGUCGUCGCCGAAGUAGUCACAGACUAUAUUCCGGAGCUCUCAUUUGAGCACUUCGACUGUGAACCCAUCUUUGAGGAAGACGAGGAGGAAUCACCAGCUCCGCCUGCUGUACCGCCCAAGGAGCCUCAAUCUCCUCUUCAGACUGUUCAGCAAUUGGAUCCUGCUCUCUCCAAGUACAUCUCCCACCUUCAGGUAUAUCGCUACGAGCGCGUCGAUCCUCGAGAUCUAACUGCGUCUUCGCGAACCUCGACUAUCAUCGGUUAUUCACCGGCCGCAUCACCUCUACCUCCUCCAUCGCCUUCCUGGCUCUCGCGUAACGUCAAGGACCUCGAGUUCUACUCGGACAGAGAAACUUCGUUACAAGCACCUCGAUCACCUGACCCUAUCCCCAUCCCACCCCCGUCACCUCGCCCGCUGCCCAUCCUUCCGCGAUCAUUCCUUCCCAUUCGCUCUAGGACUAGCCUUGCUGAGUCUCAGAAAGCCCGCGUUCCACUUCGUCCUCCGUCACGCUCUUCGUCGCUUCGAACGCUGCAUCGCCAGUCCGAUCAUCCUUCUACCCCCGUUCGCGUCCUCCAUCGGCCGUCACCAAUCGUCUCUCUGUGAUCUACAACCGCCAAUCCCUCACCGACACCGGAAAUUCGCGCUUCCUUCUCACAUAUAGCUCCCUUGGCCCCGGUACCGCACAUUCGCAGGUGAGCUGUUCUUAGCUCACGACACGCGUGUGAUAAUACUGAGC